AUUAAUGUAUAGAGACACUUGUUUAGCAUAUAAAAAUGUCACGACAAGAAAAAGCCAAAUCGGUUGGACUUUUGGAUACAUUAUUUGGGCGACCUAAAAAUCGAACAAAUAGUGUUACAAAUGUUCGCGGUGCUGGAUUUACUGGAUCUGGAAAUUCCAUUAGUAGUAGCAGUGAUGCUUCAAAUUAUGGGUCAGGCGAUGCAGCGCUUGAACAGGAGGAGGCUUUACUUGCAAUUAUUGAAAAGAUGGAUGAAGUCACUUUAUGUGCGAAGUUUGAGGAGAUGUUGAAUGACAUGAAUUUAUCUGAGGAUAAAAAACAACCUAUAAGACUACAACCAUUCCAAAAUAAAAAGAAAAUGGUUAUUAAUCAUUAUAAAGGGAUGAGUCAGGAAAAUAAAUCAAAAUUUGAUAAACCAAUGGAUUAUAUAAAUUAUUUAAGCCAAAAUGAUUUAUCCAGUAGUAAAUUAUUCAAUUGUGUGGAGUCAUUAAGAAUAGCACUUACGAAUAAUCCACUUAGUUGGAUUGAAGAAUUUGGUACGCAAGGCUUGAAGACAAUUUUAAAUAUUUUAAAUGUUUAUAAUCGGAAUGGUGGGCCUCCAAAUAUACGAUAUGAAUGUUUACGAUGUUUAAACGCCAUUAUGAAUAAUACAGUUGGAUUAAAAAACAUGUUGGUUGUAAAAGAUUCAUUUUCAAUUGUGGCAAGAUCCCUAGACCCAAAGCAUCCAAUUGUGAUGUGCGAGGCUGUUAAGGCAUUGGUGACGUUUUGUUUUGUUCCAAAUGGACAUGAAAAAGUUUUGGAAGCAAUUAGUAUUGUUAGUGAUUUUAAGGAUCGAUUUGCACCGAUUAUUGAAGGUUUAUCGAGUCCCAAACAUGAACAAAUGCGGGUUGUAUGUUUUCAAUUUAUUAAUGCAAUUAUAUCACAAGCCGAAGAUUUAGAUUUUCGAUUACAUUUAAGGAAUGAAGUAGUACGCGCUGGAUUAUCAGAAAUAAUUGAUUCUUUACGACUAGAUUCAUCAAAAGAUCUAAUGGUUCAAGUAAAAGUAUUUGAUAAUUUAAGAGUAGAAGAUUUUGAUGAAUUUUAUGCACGCUUUGAUAAUGUACGUUUGGAAAUGGAUGAUGUUAAUGAUUGUUUCGAAGUUAUUAAGAAUGUGACAUUUGAUACACCAGCCGAGCCAUAUUUUUUAAGUAUUCUUCAACAUUUGCUCUUUAUCAAAGAUGACAAUAUAAUAAGACCUGCUUAUUUUAAAUUAAUCGAAGAAUGUGUCACGCAAAUUGUUUUACAUAAGAAUGGUUUAGAUCCAGAUUUUACAAGACGUUUUGAAAUUGACGUUCAACCUCUUAUAGAAACUUUGGCAGAUCGCGAAAAAUCACAAGCGGCCGAGAAUAGCAAAAUUGAAGAAUUAAAAAAUAAAUUAGAAAAAGAAAUUAGUUUAAGGCAAGAAACUGAAGCAAAAUUGGCUCAAGCAGAAAAUCGAUUAAAAGAUCUUGGUGGUGAUUCAUUCACUGCUGUCAGUAAUGUCGCAAAUAUUGCAAAAAAUAUACACAUUCCUCCAGCUCCACCGCAGCCUCCAGGGUAUGGAAUACCACCACCACCUCCACCACCGGGAAUGGCGGGUAUGCCACCGCCUCCUCCUCCUAUGCCAGGAGGUGUAGGCGGUGCUCCACCACCACCUCCAAUGCCAGGAAUGGGUGGACCAGCACCGCCUCCACCACCACCUAUGUUAGGCAUGGGUGGACCACCACCGCCGCCUGGUUUUCCAGGAAUGAUGAUGCCACCACCACCACCGGUAGAUGUUUUACCUCAUGGCUUGAAACCAAAAAAGAAAUGGGAUGUAUCAGGUCCAUUAAAACGGGCUAAUUGGAAAACAAUUUUGCCUCAAAAAAUGUCAGAAAAAGCGUUUUGGAUAAAAUGUCAAGAAGAUAAAUUAGCAUCUCCAGACAUUUUAUCAGGAUUGGUUGAACGUUUUAGUUCGAAACCACCUGUAAAACGUAAUGAUGAUGUGGUUGACAGGUGUCAUACACUUAAAAAAGUGAAAGAUCUAAAAGUAUUGGAUGGUAAAGCCGCACAAAAUAUAUCAAUUUUAAUUGGAGGUUCUUUAAAACAUUUACCAUAUAGUGAUGUUAAAAAAUUUAUUUUACGUUGUGAUAACACAAUCUUAACUGAUAACGUACUUCAACAAUUAAUACAGUACUUACCACCCCCAGAUCAAUUGAAAAAACUGCAAGAAUAUAAAGCUUCAUACGAUGAUUUAACUGAAGCUGAACAAUUUUGUGUAACAAUUUCAGAAAUAAAACGACUUUUGCCAAGAUUAAAAUCACUUAGUUUUCGACUACAUCAAUCAGAAAUGGUCAAAGAUAUUAAACCGGAAAUUGUUGCUGGCACAACGGCGUGUGAAGAAGUAAAAAAUAGUAAAAAGUUUGCUAAAAUAUUGGAGUUGGUUUUGCUGCUCGGUAAUUUCAUGAAUUCAGGAAGUAAAAACGGUCAAGCUUAUGGUUUUGAAAUGAGUUUCUUAACGAAAUUGACCGGAACAAAAGAUUUCGAAAAUAAACAAACUUUAUUGCAUUAUAUAGUGGAUACCAUUGAAUCUAAGUUUCCAGAUUGUUUAAAUUUUCAUGACGAACUCUCACAUGUGGAUAAAGCAAGUCGAGUUUCCUUUGAAAAUAUACAGAAAACAUUACGGCACAUGGAUGCAAGUAUUAAAAAUCUAGAAACAGAUUUAGUUAAUUCAAAAAUACCACAAUCUGAAGAUGAUAAAUUUGCGGAAAUUAUGGGUGCCUUUUCUAAAGAAGCAAGACAGCAAUAUGAACUUUUACAAAAUAUGUUUAAACAAAUGGAUUCUUUAUACACAGACCUUUCCGAAUACUACGCAUUUGAUAAACAAAAAUACACUUUAGAAGAAUUCUUCUCGGAUAUUAAAACAUUUAAAGAUCAGUUCGAGCAAGCCUACAAAGAUAAUGUAAAAAUACGAGAGCAAGAAGAGAAAACGAGACGAGCGAAAUUAGCACGAGAAAAUGCAGAAAAAGAGCGAUCUGAACGCGCUAAAUAUAAAAAACAACUAAUUGAUAUGAAUGCACCACAGGAAGGAGUUAUGGAUAGUUUGAUGGAGGCAUUACAAACUGGAUCUGCAUUUAGUAGGGAACAAAAAAGGAAACGUGGUCCUCGAGUUGCUGGAGCUGAAAGAAGAGCACAAUUAAAUCGAAGUCGAUCUCGAACAGGUCUUAUUGGAUCUACUGGUUUGUCUCGGGAAUUAUCAAGAUAUAAAUUAUUGAAUAUGGAUAUUAUAAACAGUGUUCCAAUAAAUAUUGAUGAAGAAACAUUUUUAUAAUUUCUACUCUUAGUUUAAAUAAUAAAUAUUGUUAAUCCAACUUGUUUUUAGUUCUUAAAGUAAACAUGUUUAUAUCUAUAUGCUUGAUUCCAGCAAGAAUGAACCUUCUUCUUCAGAAGAGACUCAACAAUCACAGAUAAAACUUUUUUUUUAUUCUUUUUCGAUCUUUUGCCAACCAGCAAUCUAAAUUACCUUUUUUUGAUCUCUCAAUGCUUAAAUUUUGACCUAACUUUUUUCUUUCUAAAAUUUCUAUUUUAUUCUACCUCAAAAUGUGUGUAUCAAGUCUCUGUUAAAAAGUAUAAUUAUAAAAUAUAAUUUUCAGUUUCAUUCGGUAAAUAUUCCAA